AUGGAGAAGGUUCAAACAAUCAAAGAGAAGUUGCGCAACCACAUGCCUAACCCGCCGUCGACUAACACCGUGGCUUGCACCCUUCUCUGGUCUGCAGUGACUCGCGCCCGGAUGCAGCGAGUCCUGGAACUCGAGAGCGAGAUGAGUCGCCUACCCAUGGCGGUCAAUGGCCGAAAACGCAUUCACGAGCGGUUCGUGGACCCUGAGGCGCCGUACUUUGGGAACGUCGUCCUUUGCUCCUGGGUAGAGGCCGCAGUCCGCGACGUGGCCAAGUGCGGUCGAGACGAAUCCAUCGAAUAUAUGCGCCAAGGUCGCGCAUUCCCCUCGCCCGACCGCAUCAACACGGGCUACAUUGGCGUAGUCUGGGAGCUCGUCGAGCAGCUCAUCGAUCGCAGGGCCCUCUACCCAGGCUGGGAUCUGUUUGACUCUCGGGACCUGUUUAUCACUAGCUGGGCCGACCUGGGCCUCUACAACUAUGACUUUGGUAACGGUCUUAGGAAAGCGCAGUUUGUAAGGAUUCCAUACGCCGAGGUGAAUGGCAACGUGAUUAUCUUGCCGAGGAGACGAUGUGUGUCUGGGGAAGCUUCAGAAGAGGGAUUAGAGAUGGUUGUCAUGUUACGGAGAGAUGAUCUGGAGGUGUUGAAGAUGGAUGAUUUAUGGAAGUUGUCUAAAUAA